UCAUCUUCCUUACAAGGCUAAAGCAAGAGGCUUUCCUUUCUCUGGCUGCCCCAUGCUCUCAAAAACAGCAGAACAAGUGGUAGGAUCAUACUGGAGUGCAGACGGGAUGUGGAGGCUGCCAGAGAUGGGGAGAGAAUAAAGAGCCAAGCAAGCAGUUGCGCUCUAGCUCCAGCAGAGGAUGGGAGCAGAGAAUCAUUAUAAUCUUUAAAAAGAACGAGAAGUACUUGUGGCACCUUAGAGACUAACACAUUUAUUUAUAAUCUUUAUAAGUCCUAAAACGGAUUGUUCGAACCAGUUCUUCCAAAGAAAUAUGAGAAGCAGCUGAAACCGACAAAAGAUCAUUGAAAGGAAGGAAAUGCAACAUGAGAGGUAAAGCUAAUGAAGGUUAAUUCAAGAACUUUUCUGGGAACUGUGACGAAUCAUGAGCCCAGUGUAUUAUUUCCCUUAAACAAUAGCUACAGAUUCCUGUCAAAGGUUUCGAGGCAGACUUCAGAUAGGCACACCCUGAGUCGGUGAAUUCAGCUGUCAGGAAUGGAGGUGCUACGCCGUUCUUCGGUCUUUGCUGCGGAGGUGAUGGAGGUUUUUGAUCGGUCUCCCACCGACAAGGAGCUGGUGUCCCAGGCUAAGGUGCUCUGCAGAGACUACAUACAUUCCCGGCUGCUUCGGGCUGGCAUUGGCUGGAGCAAACCAGAGCACAGUGCACCCAUACCUGGCGGCAGACUGGCUGAGGUGUCCAGCGUGCUUCUGCGACUAGGAGACACUGCUGCACAUGAGGCAGCGGAGGCUUGUGGCAGUCAGGAGGAGAUGGAGCUGGCUGGGGCAAUACGUUCACAGGAGCUACCAGUGCCAAUGGCCAAGUGGCCCCAGAAAGGAGACGAGCUAGAAUACAUCCGACCAAACAUUUACCGGAAUAUCGCCCGCCAGCUGAACAUCUCACUGCACUCCGAGACCGUGGUGACUGAUGCCUUCUUGGCAGUAGCGGCCCAGAUCUUCACGGCAGGCAUAACGUGGGGCAAGGUCGUGUCUCUCUAUGCUGUGGCCGCUGGGCUGGCUGUGGACUGCGUCAGACAGGCCCAGCCAGCAAUGGUGCAUGCCAUCGUGGACUGCCUGGGAGAGUUUGUCCGCAAGACCUUGGUGACGUGGCUGAAGAGGAGAGGAGGCUGGGCAGACAUCACAAAAUGUGUGGUGAAUACUGAUCCCAGCCUUCGCUCCCAUUGGCUCGUGGCUGCCAUUUGUAGCUUUGGUCACUUCCUGAAGGCCAUCUUCUUUGUGUUGUUACCAGAGAGAUGAUUCCAGUCACCAAAUGCGGCCCCAAGCCCCAGAUCCUCCCCCACCCAGAAGCAACAGUAACCAUAGACCUGUUUGAUGCUGAAGAGGAGGAAGAGAAGAGAGGCUGGGACCAAUAGAAACAUUUCUCUCCUCUCCCUUCAGCAGGGAGCAGCUACCCAACUGUAAACUUCCUUUCCUCUGUGACAGGAGGCUUCUCUCACACUCAGAGUAAACCUUUGCAGCCCUUGUUCUCCUUGGUGACGUCUACAUGGCCAGGUCAAAGCCCAUCCCAGGGCAGACUGAUGGGCUAAUCUCUUAUUUGUGUGUGGUGUGGAUAUACAUAUGUGUAUUUAUUUUCUGGUCAUGUCACACACUUGUACUUCUGUAUCAGGGAAACUGGGGGGACAUGGAGAUUGUAUCAGAGGAAAAAAAUAUGUCCCUCACUUGAAAGAUGGAUUGUCCCUUUAAUUCCCAUAGUCCUCUUUGUUAGGCUCUUCUCAGUAUAUCAGUGGCUAACGCAGUCUUCACCUCUGUACCAAGCCUGACCAUUGUGCCCUUGUGCAUGGUACAUUGUGGUUGUGGGGAUACCUUUGUAGGCUGUGAAGUGGUGGAUUAUUGACUGAGCUGCCCUCUUCAGCUGAUGCCCCUGCUAAAGUAAUUUACAAACAGUUGUGACUUUGGGAGUGUAAGGGCUACCAGAACAACUCAAUCUGGGGGAUACGGCAUGCUUUAACUGACCAACUUGCUGUAUUGUAACAAAGAAUUGCAAAGGGGACAGCAGGGGCAGAGACUGUUUAGAAAUCAGUCAGUGUGAUUUACACAGCUGAACAAAAUGAUGGGAGCAAAGCAUCACUUCUCACAUGACAGCUUUGUUUGAGCAUUAUAAUGAGGAUGAUUUUUUUCUCUAGAAGGAGAUUCAGAUGGAGCCAAAGAACAAGAGCAUAUAAGUACAAUGUGGGGUGGGGGGAAUGUGGAGAAAAGUCAUUUGAGCAGCAUGUUGUGAAUGGGAAAAACUGUAUCAAGAGUGACAAAUGUUUCUCCUUUAGCAAAUUAUAAAGUCUGACUUGCAAUUUUAUCUUGUGAUAGACAAUAAAAAUAG